AUUGCUGUUUAAAGCUCUCAUGCGACAGUCGGCCUGUCAGUCAGCGGUGUCUUUGGUUGCUGGCCUGCAGCACGGCGUGCAGGAUGGAGGCCCAUUGGUGGAGCUGCGUGUUAGGACUUCUCUGCAUGCCUGCUCGAGUACUCGGCUCCAGCACAGUUUCUCAGCAGCCCCUGUACAUCCCUCUGAUUGGAGUGAAUUCCUCCACUGAGAUCCUGUGCUCCACACCUCUGCUCGGCGCACAGGGGUUCUCUCUGCACGGUCACUUCCGUGGAAACAAGGAGAUUGUCUACCUGCACUUUGACGAUGGAGUAGUCACAAAGAAGACCAUCGCUCCAGAAUAUGAAAGUCGAAUUCAUGUGACUCCAGCCCAGAAGGUCGGACAGGGUCAGGGUUUCCUCCUACAGUUCUCUCUGCUGGGGGUGGAAGAUAUAGAUGUGUACCUCUGCAGCUGGAGCUACUUAAUACCAAGGAGUGGAAUACAACAAACCCUGACUGACAAAGGCACCUUUAUCUUUCUUAGAGAAAAAGAUCCCCAGGAAGAAUGCAAACGGCACAUUUUGGAGCGCUCCUUCAUCAUCUUGAGCGUGAUAGCCCUCAUUCUCUUAUUCGUCUUCAUUGGAGCGCUCAUUGUGAGAUGCAACCGGUUCAGAUCUAAUUUUACGCCCGUCAGGGCUGAAGCAACAGACAGACCGAGACCCCUGCCUGUCCCUCCUCAGCAGACCUCACAUUGCCAUCCUCAUCCCUACCUAAUCACAUCUUUAGACUCUCUGGAGGACGGAAGCAUCCGGUAUGCCUAAGAGGCGAUGCCAAGCCAUGAGAUGAAGAGCAGAGCUCAUGCUGACUUCAAAGUGAAUGUAUCUCUCAGGGAUUUGUUACAGAUUACAGUAUAGCUUUUGAGUCAGCAGCUUGACAUACGUUCUCAACCCAGGAAAGGUGCCGCUCAUUAUGUCUUGCUUUUUGUUUCCUGUCACACUCAAAUGAAUGUUUGGUUUGCAGUAGCGUGAUUGAGAUACCACAUCCUGAUACAGAUAUGUGUAUGAGACCCAUGUUAACAGUUCUAGUGAAAAAAACUGCAGUGCAUGCAUUUUCGCUUUUAUGGUUGAAGUGCUACCUUACGUAGGUGCUGACCUUUUGAGCUCUGCAGCAUGGUGAGUGUCUGAUUUUACAUGAACAUUGAAAGCAAGCUUUUUAAUACCAUUGAAGACCAGUGUUAUAAAGUCACCACUGCAUCCUUAUUCUGGAUGAAGAAUUAGAGUCUGUUUUUUUGCUGCUUAUUUGAUCUCAGCUAGAACUGGACUGAAAAUAUACUUGUGGUCAAAUGUGAUGUAUGUAAAGUUGAUGUAAUGUACAACCCAAUUCAGAAAAAGUUGGGACGCUGUAUACAAUGUAAAUAAAAGCAGA